AUGAUGGACACUACUCCUAAGCAGCAUAUCCAUACCACAACUGACCUGAAUGACCAAAGGACAAGCACUGCUCAAAAAAGAAGGGGAUGGACAAGAAAAUCAAUUGAUGCUGGAAGCCAAAAUAGCAGAGCCCUCAGAACCAUUCCUGAGAAGAAGGAGAUACAACCUAGAAGAAAGAAGAGAGGCCUUAAAUCUUCUCCUAAAUUUUUCGUUUACCAUAAAUUUGUUGCUACCGAGUGUUGCCGUCUUUCUCUAUUCUCUUCGAUUGCAAGUUGCAACAUCCACGAAGAUGUUGAGGCUAUUUUCUUCCGCUUAUCAUUAUCCGCCACAAACUCGGGUUUUUUUUGGAUUCUGUUCGUCCAGCAUCACCACAAGCAUGGAAGGAACCCUUAUUUAGCUUUGUGGGCUCUUAUGAAUUUAUCUUAA